AAAGAAAUGGCUCAAAUGCUGCAGCUCUUUCUGUGCCCCGGGAGCUGAGAUGCAUGUCAGUGGCCUUGCCAAGCGUGGCCAAAUCUCUGGGAAUGCCAGAGAAAAAGAGGCCAGCUGGGAAGACGGAAAGAGAGAGAUUGCCCAGGGGAAAGACCAUCUACUUGUCUUUCCUUUCCCUUCAUCUUUCCUGUCUGCCUCUACUCAGACUUUCUUGGUCUGCCAGAGCUACUCGGAACUGUGGAAUUUGCCACAAUUUCCUCUUUUCAGUCUGAGCGCUGUGGUCCAGCCUCAUUUUGUUGAACAGGACAGGAACUGGCUGCCUUUGGUCUGCACCUCCAGCCUCCGGAAUAAGUUAGACACACAUUGUGGGCGCUGGAUGAAAACUUUGCCAUCUGUCCUUUUUGGAGAUGUUUGCUCAAGUGGCCCAAGCACCGUAAAGAAGACCAGAGUAAGGGACAUUUUCAUAAUGGAACAUACAUCCAAAGAAAAUAUCCAGUUGUUCCGAAAAAACUCAGUGCGACCUGCCGGAAGACCUUCCUUUAAGAUGGAAUACCCGUCCUCAGAGGAAUCCCAGCCUUGCUGCGGUGAGCUAAAGGUGUUCCUGAGCGCCUUGUCUUUCGUUUACUUCUCCAAGGCGUUGUCAGAAGGUUACCUGAAGAGCACCAUCACUCAGAUAGAGCGAAGGUUUGACAUCUCUUCCUCCCUGGUGGGAGUCAUUGACGGCAGUUUUGAGAUUGGGAACCUUUUAGUUAUAACAUUCGUUAGCUACUUCGGAGCCAAACUGCACAGGCCAAAAAUCAUUGGAGCAGGGUGCCUUGUCAUGGGAGUUGGAACAUUGCUCAUUGCAAUGCCUCAGUUCUUCAUGGAGAAGUACAGAUAUGAGAAAUAUCUGCCUUCCCCCAAUUCUACUCUCAGCAUCUCUCCAUGUUACCUAGAUGCAAGCAGUGAUCUACCAAUGCCUGUCAUGGAAAAUUCGCCAAACAGAAUCAAUGAUGAAUGUGAAGGGGCCGCGAGCUCGUCCAUGUGGGUUUAUGUGUUCCUGGGAAACCUUCUUCGAGGAUUGGGAGAAACGCCCGUGCAGCCACUGGGCAUCGCCUACCUGGAUGACUUUGCCAGCGAGGACAAUACCGCUCUCUACAUUGGGUGUAUACAGACGGUUGCAAUUAUAGGACCCAUUUUUGGCUUCCUGUUAGGCUCCCUAUGUGCCAAAUUGUAUGUUGAUAUUGGCUUUGUGAACCUAGACCAUAUAACCAUCACCCCACAGGAUCCCCAGUGGGUCGGGGCCUGGUGGCUUGGUUACCUGAUAGCGGGAGUCUUAAGUCUUAUUGCGGCUGUGCCCUUCUGGUGUCUGCCCAAAGCUCUGCCAAGACCCCAAAGCAAGGAAGACUCCAGUGCUGCUUCUGAGAAAUCCAAGUUCAUCACAGAUACUCCUGUAAACUACCAGACGCCCCACGGAGAAAAAGCAAAGCUGGUGGAAAUGGCCAGAGACUUCCUUCCAUCGCUGAAGAACCUGCUCGGAAAUCCAGUGUACGUCCUGUAUCUGUGCGCAAGCACCGUUCAGUUCAACUCUCUGUUUGGCAUGGUCACCUACAAGCCAAAGUACAUGGAGCAGCAGUACGGACAGUCGUCCGCCAAGGCCAACUUUGUGAUCGGGCUCAUCAACAUUCCUGCAGUUGCCCUUGGAGUACUUUCCGGAGGAAUCGUUAUGAAAAAAUUCAGGCUUGGUCUGUGUGGAGCUUCAAAACUCUACCUGGGAUCAUCCGUGGUUGGCUACCUCCUGUUCCUUUCCCUGUUUGCUCUGGGCUGUGAGAAUUCGGAUGUGGCCGGACUGACUGUCUCCUACCAAGGAACCAAACCUGUCUCUUAUCACGAACGAGCUCUCUUUUCAGAUUGCAACUCAAGAUGCAAAUGUUCAGAGACGAAGUGGGAGCCCAUGUGUGGUGAAAAUGGAAUCACGUACGCAUCAGCUUGUUUUGCUGGGUGCCAAACCUCCAAACGGAGUGGAAAAAACCUUAUGUUUUAUAACUGCACUUGUGUGGGAAUUUCCGCCUCCAAAUCAGGAAAUGGGUCAGGCUUGGUGGGCAGAUGUCAAAAAGAUAAUGGAUGUCCCGAAACAUUUCUGUAUUUCCUUGUCCUUUCGGUCAUCACGUCAUACACUUUAUCCCUAGGUGGCAUUCCGGGCUACAUACUGCUGCUGAGGUGCAUUCAACCACAGCUGAAGUCUUUUGCCCUGGGCAUAUACACCUUAGCAGUAAGAGUUCUUGCAGGAAUCCCAGCUCCGGUGUAUUUUGGAGUUCUGAUUGACACUUCCUGCCUCAAGUGGGGCGUGAAAGGAUGUGGGGGCCGCGGAUCCUGCAGGCUAUAUGACUCCAACGCUUUCAGGUACAUAUAUCUGGGACUAACUGUGAUCCUGGGCACGGGAUCUAUUUUCCUAAGUAUUGCAGUUCUGUUCAUUUUGAAGAAGACCUCCAUUUCAAAACACGGAGGCUUCAGAACAAAGAGGGAAAGCACAGCGGUCUCUACAAGAUUCCAGAAGGAGAGCUGUGCCGCGAGGGAUCAUUUGCUGCAGCCCCAGUACUGGCCAGGCAAGGAGACACGACUUUAGAAAAACGUUGACUAGCAAGCCAUGGUUUCCAACGUGUGGAAAUUCCUCAAGCUAAUA